AUGGCACGAUCGUCGCUCGUCACGUCAUUAGCAGCAGUGAACAAAGAUGAAGAAAAGCAGGCGGUAACCGCAAGUAACAUUCCGAUUAUAACAACAUCGGAAAAUGAAACAAAAACAAAUGUCGAUGAUAUUGUACAAUCUAAUGAUAAUGGAGAAAAAUCAACCAAAUUAUUUGUUGUUGUUUCAGAUGCUGAUCCAGCGUGUUCAGAGGAGAGUAGACCUGAGAAGCCGGAUCGACGUUUGUUGAAUGUUGACGAAUGUGAAGUAUCCGAGCCGAUGACGCCAGUCCCAUACCGCCAACGAUCAUCGACAUGUUCUAGUCAAAACUUUCUUCGUCCUCGCGAUCAGAAUUCGAAAAAGAUUCUUAAAGAUGCAAUUCGUCGUCGAAGUUGGAUGGUUUUUCAAUCGCAGAAUUCGUCACCGAUCGAAGUUGUACUGCCUUCUCCACCGGUAACUAACAUGUGCCGUUUACGUCGUUAUCGAAUCAGUCUUUCCGAGCCAAGUUUAACUUCUCAUCAAAUCAAUCCGUCGUAUCAAACAAGUCCAUCGGUAAAAUCGUCUCCGCGAACGUCGUCAGCAUCAACAACAACUCAAACCAUUUCAUUAUUAACACGUUAUCCAAGCGCACGUCGUUCAAACUUAACCGGUAUGAAUUUAGGCAACAUCAAACAUUCUUUCAGAAAGCAACUCUCACCUCGUCAACAAACACUCUCAGUCAGUACUCCCGAGCCAAAUCAAGACUUGAAUGUACUUGAUGAUGAUGUUAAUCGUCGAUGGUCAUUAACCUCUGUGCCAUCGUCGAGUGGUUAUGGAACGACAUCUCCACCAAGUUCACAGUACUCAUCAUUCGAACGUCUUCAACAUCAUCUUUGUUCAUGUAAACAACAAUCGGAUACGAAUCCAUUGGAUGGUUUUCAACAUUUGGAAUCCCGGUCUAUAUCUAUGUCGUUACUCGAUGCAAACGUGUGUUCUUCACCCAGCAAAUUGAUGUUCAUUCCCGACCAAGAUAUGAACACAAUGGCGUAUAUUUACAAAGAACGUUAUCCAAAAGCAAAAAUUCAAAUGGAAGAACGCUUGCAAAGUUUUAUUGAUACGCACAAAGUAGUCGAUAAGUUUGAUUAUUGUUCCGACGGUUCAGCUCGAUUUAUUCACAAUCAAAUUGUUGAAUUAGCUAAAGAUUGUUUAAAUAAGUCUACAAACGAAUUAAUCACCAAUUUGUACUUCAACGAAAUGACCGACAAUCUCGAAAGAUUAUUGCUCAAUGCUCAAGAAAAAUGUCCUCAUGCUGUCGAAGAUCUUCAAGGCAUUGUUCGAAAGCUACUCUUGAUCACCGCGAGAUCAGCUCGUCUUUUAGAAUGUUUACAUUUCGAUCCAGAAAAUUUUCUUCGGACACUCGAAGAAGUCGAGUGUCAAGCGAAGACCAUCACUAAUGUUAAACAAGACAUUCCCAAGUACAUCUGCUCACAAUUAAAUUUAGAAAGAAAUCCAUUCGACGUCAUCGAUGGCUUACAGGUAACCGACUCAAGUGAACAGUCGGAGGAGAAAAGUUUAACCAAUACAUCUGUAACUGACAAUGAAAAUGACUCUUUAAUUGAAUCGAAUUACUUAACCAUCACACCGAAUACUAUAUUUCCAUCGCUGGAACGUUCAACGUCAAUGAAAGGACCAUGUGAAGAAGAUUUUGAAGUAUUAAAAUUAAUCUCGAACGGAGCCUACGGUGCUGUGCAUUUAGUUAAGCAUCGGCAAACGCAAGAACGCUAUGCGAUGAAGAAGAUUUCCAAAACUCAUCUAAUCCUUCGAAAUCAAAUUGAACAAGCAUUUGUUGAACGUGACAUAAUGACAUUUACGGACAAUCCAUUUGUUGUUGCUCUCAUAUGCACGUUCGAAACGAAGAAUCACUUAUGUUUAGUCAUGGAAUAUGUCGAAGGAGGUGACGUGGCAACAUUAUUGAAGAACAUCGGUGGACCAUUGAAUAUCGACAUUGCACGAAUGUAUUUUGCCGAAACAACAUUAGCUGUUGAAUAUCUCCAUUCGUAUGGAAUCAUCCAUCGGGAUCUAAAACCAGACAAUCUGUUAAUAACAGCAGUGGGUCAUAUAAAACUGACCGAUUUCGGUCUUUCGAAAAUCGGUCUCAUGUCAUUAACAACCAAUUUCUACGAAAAACAUACUGAUAAAGAAACCAAAGCAUUUAAUGAUAAGCAAAUAUGUGGCACACCAUCGUACAUCGCACCCGAAGUCAUUUUAAGACAAGGCUAUGGCAAAGCGGUGGAUUGGUGGAGCAUGGGAAUUAUUCUUUAUGAGUUUUUAGUUGGCAUACCACCUUUUACUGGUAAUACACCUGAUGAAUUAUUUGCCAAUGUGAUCAGUGGAGAAAUUGAUUGGAGUCCACUGAUGUCGGAUGGCGAGGAAAAUUUUUCGGAAGAUGAAGUUUUGUCAGGUGCGAAACAUUUAAUCGAACAAUUACUCGAACCCGAUCCGUCGAAACGCUUGGGAUCAUUGGCUGGUGCGUAUGAAAUUCGUUCACAUCCAUUCUGUUCCUGCAUUAAUUGGAGUUCACUAUUGCGGGAGAAAGCAGAUUUCGUUCCUGUAUUGGAAUCUCCGGAUGAUACAUCAUAUUUCGAUACAAGACAAGAUCGUUACAAGCAUUCUGAUGAUGAAGAUGAUCAUAGUUUAUCGAAUAAUGAUUCAGAUUCUUUGUUUGCAUCAUUCUCUUCGGUUUCAAUCAAAUAUGCUUCGGAAUUAUCGGGCACACACAAGCAACCGAAGAGUAAUCGUGGUUCUGUGUCAUCAACGGAUGUAUCUCGAGCAAACUCCUGCACGGAAUCGACGAGCUCGUUCCAAAUUGAUUUUCCCAAUGAAUUUCAAAUCUCGUCAAUGAAUAAAUCAAUGAGUGACGACAAAGCCGAACCAGUCUUUGGUUCUGGAACUUUUGAGCCAAUUCCAGUGUCUUCCGAUGAGUCUGAAUCGUCAUCAUCGACGAAGAAGGCGGGCGAGAAUGAUGAAAAGAAAUCUUCACCUUCGUCAACCAAACAUUAUAAGCAACGAAAAAUUUCUGUGAAACUACUCGAACAACAGAAUUCAGUGGAUAGUAGUGAUGACAAUCAUCAAGAAAAGAAUAAAUCUCGUUAUUCGAGAAAAACUCGAAUACCUCGAACACUAUCUCCUAUUCAAUCCAAGCAAAAUACGAAUUUAAUCACUCCCAUUGUAUCGAUAUCCAAUGAACAUUGUUCAUCAGCACAUAAACCAGGGAAUUGCCCUAAUCAACAACAGAAACAACAACGUUCGUUUCCACGAUCGCUUUCAAAGUCAUUUUCAUCAUCAUCUUCUUCCUCAUCGCCGCCACCACCACCGUUUUGCAUUCAAAAUCAGGAUGAUCGGUCAUGUCGUCAAGCAUAUCGUCAAAACAUGACUUUUUCACCCCUCGAACACGACGCAUAUUCAUCUAGGACGCUGUCACCAAGUCAUUCGAUUAAAAAUAAUCUUCGGCCACUGAUUAUCAUACAUCGAGGCCCACGUAGUUUCGGUUUUACAUUACGGGCUGUCAAAGUCUUUCAUGGUAACACAGACUACUAUACCACUCAACAUGUGGUUGUUGCUGUUCAUGGUCCAGCGGCUGAAGCUGGUCUGAAACCAAAUGACGUCAUUACGCAUGUGAAUGAACGUCCUGUUGCUGGUUUACUUCAUUCCGAAGUAGUGAAAUUGAUUCUGAGUGGCUCAGAAACAUUGUCCAUUCGAGCCAUACCUUGUUCGGAAACGCAGAUACGUACUGGUGGUCGACGUCGUUCGCCAUCGAAACAGAAACUACGUUAUUACCAACAAUCGGAAAAGAAAUCUUCUACAGCACCUACACAUCAAUCAUAUUGUCAAAAGCAUUCAAUGAAUUCUUCAGGAACAAAUACAUUAACUACCAAUGGAACUAAUUCCAAUCGAAAAAACUCGCAAAGUACAUCUCUUUUUCGACGUUUAAGUGAAAGAAAAGUUGCUCGAGAUAUGGAAGCUGCAGCUGCAGCUGGCGGAGGAAUUUCGCUAACAAUUCCGACUGCAUAUCCGAAUCCCACUCCAAGCAAUGCAUUGCCAACUUCAACAACUCCAACCAACGUUCUUUCAUCCUCUUUGCCAGUCCUCUUAUACAAUAAUCCAUCAAUCUCGGGUGCCAACAACGAACGCUCUCCAUCCUCCCAUCAUGAACUCGACCCUUCAGAGUGGCCACCCUUAAAUCAAUUGACAUUAUCCACCAAUGAAUCUAAUUCAUCACAAACUACUACACUACCAUCGAUUCUCAAACAAAAAUCUCAAACCUCAAACCCACCAUUGAUUAAAUCGGCUUCCGCAAACCAGGAGCCGAUUCGUCCAUCUCUAUGUAAAACAACGUCCGAACCUCCACGGUUAUUUCAUCAGAAUAGUACGAACAGCGAUGAAAUACACGUUCCGUUUCGACGAAAUCACUAUUACGCACCGAUAAAUUCAUCGCCCAAAACAUCAAGAAGGAAACUUAUUCGCCAAAGAUCCAUGCGUAGUCCUCCACCGCCCGUACGUUACCGUAAUCUCAAUUAUUAA